AUGUGCACCACGCGGCUUCUGCUCCGCUGGCCCCCACGCAGCAGGUGGCCUCGCAGCUCCCUGGAUGCCGCCUUGGGCUCGAGCCAGAAUGCGGCAGAGGUCCCCCACGGCAAUGUCUCCCGGCGACAGGAAGCACCCAAAACAGUGUCCAAGUACAGGUCGGCCACCCUCGGGUCCCCCUGGCAGACGCCCUUUGCCGGAGGACUUCCUCAGGUCAUCUCCCUACCCCGGGCAGUUCUCGGCGCCCCCACCCCUCCCAGCGAGGGCGGGGGCGGGGUCCCCAGGCCACGCGAGACCUCGGCCCCCGGCCCCGCGCCCGAGGUGCUGAGAGACACGAGUGGCCAGGCCCAGCCGCAGCCGCAGCAGCAGCCGCCGCGGCGGCACGGAGCAGCCAGACACAAAGAGAGGUACGGGGAUCCCCCCCGCCGCCCGCCGGCCCCCGGCCGCGCCGCCGGGCCUCGGGGCCGCCCCUCGCCGCCCGGACGGCCGCCGGGCGCGGGGCCGGGGCUGUGGGGCGGCUGGGGGCCGGGCCCGCCCGCGGGGGGAUGGGCGGGGACCCCGGGCCGCGUGGGGCGCCGGGGCCGCCCGCGGCGGAGGCGGGGGGUGCCGCCGGGGCUCGAACUGUCAGCGCGGCCCUGGGAGCCCCCCGUGGCCGCCGAGGCCCGCGGAGGGGGAGGGGAGGGGCUCCCCGUGCCCCCGGGGCGGGGGCUCGCGGGGCUAACCCCCCGGGGUGGCCGCGCUCAUUGUUACUCCUCCGCCGGGGAGGCCCCGCACCCCCACCCCGGCGGCGCCCGCGCGAGUGCUGGGACCCCCCGCCCGUCCGCGCCCCCGGGGGCCGGCCCGGGACUGGGGGGGGCCCGGCUUCGGCGCCCCCGCCCGGCGCCCGCUCCCCGCCCCCACCGGCGCCCGCUCCCCGCCCCCGUCCCCCCUUUCGGCUUCCUCCCUCGCCCCUCCCCGCCCCGCCGCCUCGCCGAACUCCGCUCCCGGCCCCCGCGACCCCCGGGGCCGCCGCACACCGCCCGAGGCCGGCCGGCCCGGCCCCCGCCCAGAGGGGAGCCUCGGAGGCGGCGGAGGGGGCGGCCCGCCGCCCUCCCGGCCGGUCCCCACCGCGGCCCCCACUCGGGGCCGAGAAUACAGACAAACAGCCCGCGUCCGACUCGCGGAGGCCGUGAUGGGCCUGGAGACUCGGGAAAGCGCGUGGAGGGCGGGGGGCGGCCGGGGCCGGAGCCCUCCUGA